CAUUUCAAUGUGCACUCAAUAUUUAGGAAAAAUGUGAUAGGAAGCAGGCGUGCUGGCUGGUUUCGGUGUUUUGUUGUGGGUCAUGUUGUUUCCUGGAGGAGGUGACUGGAUAUAAUAUGUCCAGAGACUGAUAAUGUAAUGAACUGGAAGGUGCAUUCAUAACCAGUGGAAGACUAAAUUAGUUUCAUUCAUGGUGAACGUUUUUAGACAAAGGAUGAUGUGUAGAAAGAAACGCUGGGGCUGGAUGUUACGGGUUGACUCAGCACAAAGAUUUCUCUGAGAAAGAGCUACUACAGAGCGUGCUGCCACUGGAGGAGGUAAAGGUGGACGGCACGCAGCACCGCGGGUGGAGUGACGGCUGCCCGGGAGGGAAGGCACUUUGCUACCUAAUGUAGACAUGAUGCUCUGAAGUCAGCAGCUGCUUUUAGUCUUAAUUCCUCUGGAGAUGUUGACAAAAAAAAAAAAAAAAAAAUCAAAACCCAAACAAACUACGAAGUGAUUUGAUCUUUUCUAAAAAUGCAUAAAAGUGAAAUUGAUGGAAGCUCUAAGAAGAAACCAGGCUCAGACAGAUUCAGGUUGCUACCUUAAAUAUGUAAUUAUUCACGUUAAAAAUGUAGAGGAUGGGAAUUUUGCAGAAGAUGAUAUAUCACAGCACUGUCUUGUUUCCCCCCCAUCACUUAAAUUGAAUUUAUUAACUUUCAUGGGAUACACAGAGAACAUGCUAUCAGAUCUGGCAGUAGUAACAACAACAAAACAACCUCGAGGGAAAUUUUUGGAGUAUUUUUAACUAGAUAGUACUGAUGGGUAUUUAGCCAUCAUUUCUGUUUGCUACCUGCAAUUGGGUCGUAUUCAAUUAAUUGUGCUAGUGACCUCUGCAGUCUGAUGAGGGCAGGCUGCGAGCAAGGGCUUAAUCUAUACGUAAAAGUACAGCUGCUGGACUACUGAGUGCUCUUAAUGCAAAGCUGCCACGAAAAGUCCUCUGAAACGUUAGUGACUGCGAAAUACCCCAGCCAGCGUGAUAACUGUGGUUCACAAGCAGAGCAGAUUAAAUUUCUGCUCCUGGUAUUGACGGCUGCCUCACAGCAAUUCAGUUUUUACUUGGGGUAUUGGUUUUGGUCAGUAAAUCCCUUUACUGUUUGCAAUUUCUGGAGGGGGGGCAGACUUCAGUGUGCUUGGGUCAUUAAUCCUGGAGUCUGUUUUACUCUUGGUCCCGUGGGGCUUGUGCCGGUUCAACGCGUGGAGCAUCCCAGAAGGCUGCUCUUUGCUGACCGACCUUUAGCAGGAGGAGACAAUACCAUGGCCCUUCUGUAGUACUUGCAAUUUUCUGUGUGGUUUUGGCAUGGUUAAUUAGGAUUGCGCUCUGUUGAAAGUGAUUAUAGGAGAUACCAAGUUCUAAUUAAUGAGCUUAACGCAGGUGAUGUGACUCCUGUUCUCAUGAAUCCUCUCUCGCAUUCACACUCCACUCCUCUGGCAGAAGGAAUAUGCCAUACCAUAUCAGACAUGAAUGCAGAUCAUGUGAUGGUCACGCAGGAAACUUUAAUGGAGCAGUUAGUGAAAAAUUAUCCAGGCAUUGCAGUUCCUUCCCACAAUAUCUUAUAUAAUAUCCUUGGCACUCUAAUUAAAGAAAGGAAAAUCUAUCAUACGGGAGAAGGAUACUUCAUUGUGACUCCCAACACAUACUUCAUCACAAAUGAUGCCACAGAAGACAACAGAAGGGUCCUGUUGGCAGACAGUCAUUGCUCUUCAUCGCCUUCCAUCACUUACCUGGUAAACAUUGAGCGCUGUGCAGACCUAGUGAAAGAAAACAUUCCUACGGUAUCCCGUUACAGAUCCUGCCUUUGUUUCCCUGACCAGAAUAUGCUCUGUGAACAAAGACCUCGGCAGCUAGGGAACUGUGAACCUAAUGAAGGAGGUAGGAAAGGCUGCAGUGAAUUGAAGCCUUCAAUUCAAACUCAAGGGAUCUCCACAUCUGCAGAAAACUGUUCCUGGGACACCAUCAAAUCCCUGACAUCUGCGAAAGAGAAACUGAAAAGCAAAAGGUUUGGCCUUGGCCUUUUCUGGAGAAGUGCUUCUAAAAAAGAAAAACGUAAGAAGGAGUACUCCACUUUUUCAGCCCAGUUUCCUCCCAAGGAGUGGCCAGUCAGGGAUGAAGAUGACUUAGAUAAUAUUCCACGUGAUAUUGAACAUGAAAUCAUCAAGCGUAUUAACCCUACUCUUACAGUUGAUAAUUUGAUUAAACACACAAUUUUAAUGCAGAAGUUUGAGGAGCAGAAAAAAUACAUCAGUAAGGGUACCUUGGCUGAAGUGUCAAUAGUCAGGCAAAACCAUCUUUCAAAGGACUGUAUUCAAAAGACAGAAAGUAAACCAGCAAAACACACCAGGAAAACCAAAUCAAAGAAAGAGAAGCAGAUUAGUAGAAGCAACAGGAAAUUUCACAUACAUGAGCUAACUACCCAAAAUGAGAAAUUGGAAGAGAACCUUCCACUGCCUAUCAGAAACCAACAGCCAUCUGAUGUAGGAGUGGAAUCCCAUGUCAUAUAUAAAAAACAAAUUAAGAACCCUUUUCAGGGUCUAUCAUGGAGACGCAACUUUCAUGCAAAAGGGUACAAAGGUACUAUUAACAGUCAGCUGAAGUCUAGGACUCGAAAGCAAGACAGGGCUUUGCAAAGGCCAUGGUCCUCGGACUCCUCAAAAACUUUUGACUAUGAAACCAAACAGCUGACUACCGAAAUGCAGGCUGACAAAGCUAAGCAAAGCAAACUACUCCAUGCUAAUAGGUCUUCCCUCCAACUAAAGAAAGACAGUUUAAGUGAAAACUUCAGUUAUCUGCAAGGCAAUACUUUGCAAAUAGAUAAUAAAAGUAAAUACUUUCUGGAGAGUACUAUUUCUGAAGAAAACAUCUACAGAGGAACAGUAAAAAAAAAUCCUGGGGAUAUUAAAAAAUCCCCUCACUCCUACACUGAAGAUAAUGGUGUGUGCAAAGAAGAUGCAAAAUUUUCAUUACAUCUGAAAGAUGAGUAUUGCAGGUGCAAAGCUGACACUGUGUGUGAGCUAUUAGAUCAAACAGCAAAUGAAUUUCAAAAUGUCCAUCUUUCAAAUUAUACAGCCAACAUCAGCCUGGUAAAAAAAAUUGGUGUGAAAUACAGACAAAAGACUGAUAAAAAGAGUGAACUUAUAUUUAAAUAUGACUGUGCCAGCCAUCCCGGAUCAAUGAAGCUGGAAAGUGAAGGAUUUACUGAUAACUGCCAUCUUCUGUACCAAAAAGCACAUGAUGGUGACACCUGUAACUCAUUACAUCUGGAUGACAAUUUUGAAGGCAAUGAACCAUGUCACCUGCCUCCUGGCCAUGCUUUUUCAGAUAAAAGAGACUGGAGUAAAGCUGUGCAAAAGCUGGGGACAGCUAUGUCCCUAAAAAACUGUAAGGUUAAUACUUAUCCUGCCCAGUACAACACAACUGUAAAUAAAUGUGACUCUGGAGAGCAUGGAUAUAAGGAAAGUGCUAGUUUUGCAGAAUCAACAGACAGCUCAAAAGAGCAUCCAAAACCAGAUUUCUCAGAAGAAAGUUGUUUGUGCAGUCAGGUUCUUCCGAUAGGUCGCAGAAAGGAAGAAGAAACUGGCCUUACUGAAUGUGCGAAGGCUUCAGCUGUAGCAGAUUUCUGCCACACUAAUGAGGCUGACUCAGAUGCUGACACUUUGCAGAACUUCACCUAUGAGAUAGGUGAAGCAGUAGCAUGCUGUGCUUUGGGCUCACAGACCAAAGAAAUGAGAAACCCUCUGGGAAAAAAAGAUCUGUUUUUUAAGAAUGCAUGUACUGUGGUAUCAGGACAGAAACACCCAGAAGGGACAGAAAGCCACAGCAUUACAGGAGACAGUGGAAUUGACUCCCCAAGAUGGACUGAAAAGAAGAUGAAGCCUCCUGCCAAAUUCUGAAAGCAUAUAUACUAAUGCAAAGCGGAGGACAAAGUGGAAGGACAAUUGCAACAAAAUUCCUUGCUUCAGCUAACUCUGUUCAUGAAUAUUUGAUUAUUUUUUUUAAUGAGCUUUGUAAACUUUCCCUUUGUAACAACGUAACCAUACUGUAAAUGUGAUCAGUCACAUCUGUGAGGCUGUCUAAAUCAAAGCUCUUGGUUAAAACUUUUGACAGUAGUAUUUGGAGAACUAAUGUGUAUUUCUGUUGCUCUCGUUUUUAAUUAGUUUUUGCGUCUCUGUGAUAGUAAAAAUGAGAACUGAUAUACUUUAUUCAGAUCUGGAAUGGGUUAUGUGUUGCUCUGAUAGGAACUGUAUCAGUUGGACAGGACUGUUUUACGCUGUAAUUUGUGAAAGUGCUUACUACUUGUGCUGCAGAAAUAACAGCACGCUUCGUCUCCCCUGUCAGAAAACAAAACAAAUGAACUAGAGUUGCAUGCACCUUGUUACUACAAAAAUUCCUUUGAAUCCCGAGGUUGUCUCAUUGUGUCCUGAUGAAAUCUCAGCUCCUGAAUCUGUUUGGUGUGUUUAUAUCUGGCAAGCAGGAUUUAGUCUUUGCAAAUGAAAAUGCGUUUGUGCAGGAGACAACAGGUAAGGUCAGUGGCAUUGCUUCGAAAGAAACCCUGCUGCCGGCCUGCACGCUCCCGCUCUGCUCCUGACCACCCCUUUCCUUCUUUUAAGGAAUCAACAACCUGGCAGCCAC